AUGGAGAAGUUAACAAAAGCUAGUGAUCCCAAAGAAAAUGUGGAAGCAGGAUCAGCAGAAUCAAGUCAAUACUACUACUACUCACAAGCACGGCAACUGGUGGGCUCUGCUUCAUUCUCCAUGGUUUUGUACACUGCUGUCAAACUGAAGCUGUUCGAAAUCGUCGGCCAAUUCGGAAAAAUGACAGCAGCCCAGAUCGCAUCCCGACUCCCUGGUUAUAAGAACCCGGAUGAAGGAGCUUCCAUGAUCGACAGGAUGCUGCUGUUGCUCAGUAACUUCUCACUUUUCACCUGUGAUGUGGUUGAGAUUCAGUGUGAAGAUGGCGGCGUGAAGGACGAAAGAGUUUACAGGUUAUCUCCGAUCGGGAGGUUUUUCGUGCCGGACGAAGAGGGUCAUACUAUUGCUCAUUUGGCUGAAAUGAUGCUUGACAAAGUUUUCAUGGACAGUUGGUACGAAUUGGGAAAUGCUGUUCUGGAAGGUGUGGCGCCAUUCGACAGAGUUUAUGGCAUGAAUCAAUUCGAGUACAAGGCCACGGAUCCUAGGUUCAAUGAGUUAUUUAAUAAGGGAAUUGCUGGUUCGACCUCCACAAUUAUGAAGCAUCUGCUUCAUGAAUACAAGGGCUUUGAGGGCAUUCAGAAGUUGGUUGAUGUCGGAAUUGAACACAUUGGAGGAGACAUGUUUGAUAGUGUACCAGGAGGAGAUGCCAUUUUCUUGAAGAGUGUACUUCAUGAUUGGGGUGACGAUCGUUGCUUGAAGUUACUCAAAAACUGCUUCAAAGUUCUACCCGAAAAUGGAAAAGUAAUUGUUAUUGAUCCCAUUGUAACCCGAAAGCCUGACGGUAGCGUCUACUCAAAAUAUGUUAGCCAGAUGGAUAACUUGAUGAUGACUGUAAAUCCCGGAGGAAAAGAGCGAUCGGAAUCCGAAUUUAAGGCAUUGGCUAUUGGUGCUGGGUUCAGAGCUUUGCAAGCUCAACUUUUUGCCGGUUACAUUGGGGUCCUUGAACUGUACAAGUAG